CAACUUUGAGCUCCACGUUGGGCCUUCCAUCAGACGUGUUAGAUUUUCUUCUCUCGGAAAUACGGAACCACCAUUAAUCGACGGGCAAGAAACAUGGCAAGCAACAACAAUUCUGGGAUUGUAAGUAAAUGGUAUUGCUACGGGGAUAUCGCAUAUUUGGAAACAAAACUAUGCCUCGGUGAUAGGUUGGAGUUCGAGUGUAGUGGUGUGUACACGCACUGGGGUAUACACGUCGGAGGAUACAAAAAUAUGCAACACGCUGUCAUUCAUUGUGAUAUAUUCGAAGGAGUGGCGGCAUUCUUCACAGACAAGGCGUCCUCUGCCAGUCGAAAGUCCGAGAUUCGAGCUAAUAAAAUUGGGCAGAUUCUCGGCGGUUAUGGCAGGGUGAGGAUCAACAACUCAACAGACAAAACAAUAGAAUCUCUGGAUCCCAACGUCGUCGUCAAAGUGGCAAUGAUAAUGCAACGAAGAAAAACACCAAUCGAUGUCAACCUUCUCGACAGCAACAGCGAGUACUUCGUGAAUCUUUGUCGAUACGACAGGCACUGGAGUAGCCAAGUUUUUGCAGGAUACAAUUUUGGGAUUGAGGGUAAACGGUAUACCUCUAAGAAUAUCGCAGACUUGGAAGACGAGGUGUGCCCCGGGGAUAGGCUGGAGUUCGGCCACGCCUUGCACUCACACUGGGGUAUAUAUGUCGGUCGAUACAACGAUAAGGAACAUGCCGUCAUCCAUUUUAGUAUAUCCGGAGGAUGGUCUUCAUUCUCCAAAAAGAAGACAUCCAGUAGUGCGUUUGCUGCCAGUCAAAAGCCCGAGAUAUUAGCUGACCAGAUUGGUAAGAUUCUCGGCGCUUCUGGCAGGGUGAGGAUCAACAACUCAAGAGACCAAACAGUACAGCCUCUGAAUCCCUACGACAUCAUUAGAUCAGCAAAGAAAAUGCACCGUGUCAAAACGCCGAUUGAUUACGAUCUCCUCGACAACAACUGCGAGCACUUCGUGAAUCUGUGUCGAUACAACAAACCCCACAGUGAGCAGGCUGAAGCAGUGCAGACGACCGGGGAAAACGUUAUAUUGUUCAUACUGGGAUUCACAGGUCUCCUCAUCGUGUUGUAUCUGUCAUAUCCAAAGCUUCGUGGAAUUCAACAGCAAUUGAGCUGGUGGUAGAGAAUACAACGAAGAGUGGAGCGCCGAAUUAUUGGCGAACAGCGACACAACCAAUCGGCCCAUGGUUCGACGAGAAUUGACGGUUAGUGUCGUAAGGAUGCUAACAAACACUAGUGGAAUUAUAUAUUGAAACUGAACUUAAAAAAAAAAACAUCGUUGCGUCGCAGUCUGAUACUGACAAUUUAUGUAGAUUUUGUAGACUUGGGAACAAAGUAGAACACAAUAGAAAUUUACGUUGUCAAAGCAUUAACCAUUACAAUUGCUUUUCAAUCAAAACCAUUGGGGAACAUGGUGGGGAAAAUAACGGAGCAUAUAAUAUUACAUAAUUAUAAGGUCGUCGUUUAUUGAAUAUUGGCAAUCGAUUGUCAUCUGUAUAAUAUUGAAAUAUGGACCAUAUGCCCAUUAAAUGCUCUGCUGUAAAUAAUAUAAGCAAGCGAAACCAAAAGUAUCGUGGUACAUGUAUUAUGAUAGGACAAUCUUGUAGUACAAAAUUGAUUGAUUAACAUUGCAAACGCAUUGUAGUAUUGAUUUUCGUAGUUAAUGACUAUUGGAUAUAGAACUAGACUGGACAACAUUUGCAAUUUUCACAAACGAAACUGGCAAAAAAGUUAUGAAGUAGGUCAACAAUAGGAUCAGCAGUCUGUGAAAUCAUUGCGGUUAUGCUGUAAAUUUCAAGACAAGAAAAACAAGUAUUUUUUGUCUUCAAAUACUGCACCAAAUCGACCGAACAUUGUUUAGUUUGCAAUCGGUUACAAAUGUCGGUUACAAAUUAUUACAUAUUAAAGAAUGAUUUUCCUGAGUGACAAACCGAAAUUAAACUGAAAGAGGGUGCAAGUCAGAACCUAUUAUUAAAUAUUUUGGGAGGCAGAUUAGGGAUUUCAACGGAAACCUUGCCUUGCGUCGAGAAAAAUGAAGAUUUUUUUUUCUUCACAGUUGUCUAUAAAAAAGUGUGCUUUCUUCUGAGCUGAAAUUUCGAUAGGUUAUUUGUAUAAUACUGCAGAUAUGUUGUAUUGUUGUUCUUUUAAAAGGCAAAAUUGCAGUUUUGGGGGCAAAUGAUGUACAUUACCCUUGAAUGCCUACUGUAAACAAGAGUGGAAUGUAAAAAGUAUUUACUUUAAAAAGUGUGCAGUUGCUGAUAUGCUUUACCGUUCAUUGACUGAUGGAAAUUGCAAUCACAUUGUUGUAAUUUUGAUUUUUUUUUUGGUUGACAGGGUAAAACAGUUUUGCUCAUGAAUAUACGCGGCUCAUUAACAUAAUUUCAUAAAUAUAAGUAUCUAGUUUUAUCUUCGUAUAAGAAGAUGCAAUCCAGGGGCGGA